AGGCCAGGUUGCAUGAAGCUUUGAGCAACCUGAUCCAAUGGAAGAUGUUCCUGUCCUUGGCAGGGGGCUUAGAACUAAGAUGUUCAAGUUCCCUUCCAACCCAAACCAUUCUAUGAUUCUGUGAUUUAUGGGAGGCUCAGUAUAAACCAAGUUGGAAUAGUGUGCCUGAAAAAUGGGUAACAUCUGAAAUGGAAGACCAAUGUCCAGAUACAGCAGCAUGAAAACAAUUGUUUAGGGCUGUAUUAAGAGCUUCCAGUUCCUUACUUCUUGCUGUCUGUCUGUAGGUAAUUGUUGUGUGUCUUUGGCAAUGCAAGAAUUGGGGUCUGCUAUUCCAAAGUGUUGGGCUGCCAGUGCCUGUGACAGGGUUCUCUGGCUCCCAGUAUGUGUAAUUCCUGCCUGGCUCUGAGGCAAAGGCACCCCCAUCCAUCUUCUGCUCAGUUCUCUCUGUUUCCUCCACAGUCUCUUCUCUCAAAUCUGAAAGCCAGCGAGGAGCCUCAAAGGCACAGAAACAUCAUCCCGCCCAAGAAGGCAGUACGAAAGGGGCACCUGAAUUCUCAUUUAGAAGCCAAGAUGCAGAUGUUAAUGCCUGAACCUCAGGUUUUUGUGGAAAGAACUCUGGCCCUCAUCAAACCAGAUGUCAUUGGUAAAGAAGAGGAAAUAGAGGAUCUCAUUCUCCGUUCAGGAUUCCUGAUCACUCAGAAGCGGAAACUCCAAUUAAGCCCAGAGCAAUGUAGCAACUUUUAUGCAGACCAGUAUGGAAAAGUGUUUUUUCCUAAUUUAACAGCCUAUAUGAGUUCUGGACCCUUAGUUGCUAUGGUGCUUGCCAGACAUCGUGCAGUCUCGUACUGGAAGGAAUUGCUUGGACCAUCAGACAGCAUAAGGGCUAGGAGAACUCACCCUCACAGCUUAAGAGCAAUCUAUGGGACUGAUGAUCUGAGGAAUGCACUUCACGGCAGUCACAGCAUUUUCUUAGCAGAAAGAGAAAUUCGAUUCAUGUUUCCAGAAGUGAUCAUGGAGCCAAUUCCAACUGGACAGAGAGCUCGGGAUUAUUUGAACCUUUAUGUAAAGCCUACGUUACUAGCUGGGCUCACUGCCCUGUGUAAAGAGAAGCCUGCAGAUCCAAUGACCUGGCUUGCUGACUGGUUGGUUGAACACAAUCCUAAUAAACCUAGGCUGCAACAUCAGAUCACCAAGGAAGAGCAUCAGGGGUGAAGGGGUGAGAGCUCACUGGAAACCUUCGCAAGCAUUCAAAGUUCCAUAUAUAUAUAUAUAUAUAUAGUCAUUUGUUAUGUCUCUCUUGGCUAUCUAAUCAAUAUUAUCUGAUGUAAAUGUUACUGUCAUAACUACCUGCCUCUUCAAGGGAAAAAUAACCUCACACUUAACCACCGUUUUUUACUACUAGCUUUUCUAUUGACAAAGUGAAUGUAGAAUGACAUGACAAAUUAUGAUGUCAGGUGAUUUGAAAAAGGCACCAUUCCCAUGAGGUGUGACUUAACUGCUGUCUUUCCCGUUUAUCUUGGUGUGGCUGCGGAGAACAGUAUUUUCACCAGGGGAGAUUUCCACACGACUUACAGCUGGCCUGUGCUUUGUGAAACUGAGACUUGCAGUUCAACAUUUUUUUUAGCAGACACAAAUUCCAUUAUGAAUGGAGGUGCUUGGAUGUAAUGUGGAAAACAAUUACUGGGACCAUAUUGGCAAGUAUAGAAUUUUAAUUGCUGAUUACAUCACCGAGCUAAGGUCACUCUUGAAGAUGAUUUACUUGAGACUGAUGUUUUUAUCAGCAUGUAAUUUGCAGGACUUAUUUGAAGGUACAUUGAAUUUUCCUUUCCCACCACAGUGGCGAAAGGCACAGCAGCUAUAAAUUAAUCUUUGAUUUCCAUUAGAAGUCACAAGAAGGUGUAUUUUAGUCAGCUGUCUUCCACCACUUGUUUGAAAGAAAGGUGCUUAAUUGGAGCAGCUCAAAUUAAGGGUGUUUUCUGUGUUCUCCACCUCUUAAAACUUAUGCUGAUUUCUGUUGUUUUCCUUGUAUUGUUGUUUACCCUUGAACUUUAAAUGUGUUCUAUUUGAGAGGCAAGGGGUGAAUUGCACAGUGCUACCUUUUCUAAAGUAACUGCACUGGUUUUUUUUGUGGGGGAGGCUUUUUAAUUUUCUUCAAAGAGCUGUAUUUGUGCUGUUUGCUUCAAGCCUUGCACUUUAUGGUUUGGCUAAGAUGGAGAAAACAAUGUUCUUUUCACAACUCUGAGAUAUUAGUGUGCCUGACUAAUACUAAACAAACAGCAAUUUCAUAAUUUGUUUCAUGAAAAAACUUGCUUCUCAACUUAAGUAAUUACCAGAAACAUAACUCAUUUGUCUGUAACGUUAAACUUUGUUUAAGCUAAUUGUUUAUCUUCUCAGUGGAAUAAACCACGAUUGCCAGCCCAGAGAAUAAACACUUAAGAAAACCAGUCCUUACAAUACCAAGACCUAAAAAUCUUGGGACUUUUAGGAUAAGAAGGAAAAAAAAAAAAACAAGCCCAAACCCUCAAAUAUGAAGAACAGAGUCUGAGGUGGUUAGAAAUGCAGUAGACAGAUCCAUUUACAACUAAUUUAUUUUGGCUGUAAUUAUUGCCCCCAUAUGUGUCUGAUUGCUCCAAUUACAGGCAGUUGUGCUUUGUGGUUUCCUGUCUGCCAAACCAAAAGAUUUCUCUCUUGAAGAUGCCAGAAAAUAAAAUCUGGUGAAUUUAUGAUACCUACUCCUGUAUGUUGUUAGUUACUACGGCAUUUGUUCACUUAUUUUGAUGUGGUACUGCUUAAA